UAACUUUAGCCUAACAAUCUCUUUCAACCUAACAAUAAUACUCAAGGCUGAAAUAUCACUGUUACGAAACAUCCUACAAUUUCGCUCCUUCAAAAUCAAAGAAGUGGCACAAUUCCAAGACAAUUUCAAGUCUAAGAACAAUAAAGACUUACCCUGCAACCUACAAGCCCACUCAAGCUCCCAGUCGCAGCAGAGAAGCGAGGUCCCAAAAAAUUACAAUCAUCCAGGUCUUUAGCUUAAUUAUAAAAAUUUCCUUAAAUUUUAUAAACGUUUCAUUUUAGUACCAAAAUGUUGUUAAGGAGUUCAUCAUCAAUACGGGUAUUCAACUCAUGGGUCUCACACUCGAAGGAUUUAUCUCCGGAGCCCGAAUCACUGUACCAGAUUUCCAUACCCCGAGCCAUUUCGUUUACAGUUUCGUGUUCGAGCUCCAUUUCUGCAGGGCGGAGCGACGGUUCGAGCCGUAGGAUGAUGAGGGCGGUGUCGGAGACUGAUUUGAGUGAUCUAGUAGUCCCCAAGAUAAAAACCACCAAGAAUAGAAGCGGGGUGGAGAAAAAUGAAGAUCGUUUUCAACGGUGGAGAACUGAUUCGCAUGGGUUGGAGGAAGAAUUUGGGAUAGGCGGUGGUGGGGGAAAGAUCUGUUGCGGCGGCGGCUUUGGUGGUUCCGACAGUGACGAUAACGAAUGGGGGUUUUGGGAUUCGAAUAACGGAAUUGAUGUUACGGAUUUGCAUUAUCGGAAAAUGAUCGAAGCUAAUCCUGGAAAUUCACUUCUCCUAGGAAAUUACGCGAGAUUUUUAAAGGAGAUACGGGGGGACUACGUGAAAGCCGAGAAUUACUGUGCGAGGGCGAUCUUGGGAAAUCCAAAUGACGGGAAUGUUCUGUCCAUGUACGCCGAUCUGAUCUGGGAAACCCACAAAGAUAAGCGGAGAGCUGAAUCUUACUUUGAGCAAGCCGUUAAAGCCGCCCCCGACGACAGUUUUGUGCUAGCAUCAUAUGCACGAUUUCUCUGGGAUGCUGAUGAUGAAGAAGAUGAAGUUGGGGAAAAUUUGAGUGAAAGAUUGGAGCAGAGCUUUCACCAUGGAGCUCCUCCAAUGCCGUCACCUUUGGCCGCUGCUUCUUAAGACUAGCUGUGACAUAGCUUUGUAUUUAGCUUUUUUGAGUUGUGUUAAUAUGCACUUUGUUUCUUUUGACCCUUUGUAUAAAUGAUGAGAUUUGUAGUACUUGAGAGCGCUUAUCAUCGUUGAAGCCCGUCCAUAUCCUUGUAAAU